GCAGGGCGGAUGCUAGAAAUGGGCAAUGCCCGCACUGCUCCGAGCUGCUCCCAGCCCUAGCUCAGUAACCCUAAAGACUAACUAUAUAAACCCCUGUUAUCUCGAAGCAACUCCACCAGCUGCGCCUCCCUCUCUCUCUCAUAUCUCUGAUCUCCAUUCUCGUUGAUCACUGACCCGACCGAUCACAGAUCACUCCAUUCUCUCUCACUCACCAGUUUCGUUGAGAUCUCUGUCUCAUGGAAGAAUCGCCUGAGAUUCCGAAAUUAUUUGAAUCCAUUCCUCGUAUACCAAAAUUCCAAAGUUUUAUGGAUUUUUUGACGAAUGAAGAGAUUGACCUUAUUAUUCUAAAGGCAAGAUUUCGAAGAUUCUUGACUACUGGUGCGUCGUGGACUACUUAUAAUCUUGACCAAUGGUUGUUGCAUCAAAAACGAUCUUGGCAUUGGAAUAUAGUUACUUACUCUGGCAACAAAAUAACGGGAUUUGAUGAAGAUGGAAAACACAUUUUAAGACAAAUAGCUCACAAUCUACGGAGUCUUCACCUUGGAGGCUAUUACUGUGGAUCUCUAUUCAAAAGCAUCUGUAUAAGUCAUGGUUUGAAUAGUCAUGAUUUGAAUGCAACAUUUUCUACCCUUCCUGUUAAGGCGAAAAAUGAUGAUGAUCUGAUGCAAGGUAUUAUGAACGACACACUACAGUUUAGAUCCCUUGUGGCAAAGAUUAUCGAAAUCGAAUCGAGGGAUAAAAAAAAAGGGAGUCUGUCUAUUGGUAUAUUAUUAUUUUUCUCAGAAAUUUUUAAGGAUAGGCUUAAAUCGAAGGAAUUACAAGAGGUGAAAGACUAUAGUUUUUGGCAAAUGUUUCAUCCCGUCUUCUUCGAUUCCAGUAACCGCACUAAUUUUAUGCACUUGAUAGCUCAAUACCGGGAGAUAAAUUGUGAUGCGUUUGAUAAAAACUUAAAUCUGUGUAAUGACGCAUAUGAGCUAGCUGGUUGGACUGACAAAGUUUCUAAAAAAAGUUUGGUUUAUGAAUUUUUGACGCGCAAUUCCCAUUUAAAAGGACCUCACUAUAUCAAUAGUAUUCCAACGCUUAUUCGGAACACGCUCGUGCACUUCAAGGAUGGCAAUGAGGGAAUGAAGCAGAAGGGUCAUGAAGAAAUUGAGAACGCUAUUAACAAGGAACUUCCAGAUAUUUGUGCUAAAUUGUUGGAUUGCCUUAUGAGGAAUUUGAAUCAUCCCCUAGUUUCGUUGGAUGCAGGCUGGUUGACCUCUUCGAGAGUAAGCCUAUGGGACUCUAUACACGACCAUAUGAGGUACACGAAAUGAUGAAAGGAGGGUGAAUCGCAUUGGAAGUGCAGAGGCUAUUUUGGAGAUGUAUUCCAAAAAGGUGUUUUUUUUUUUUCAUGUACAAAUUCUAAAAACGUUAUAGGCUUCAAAAUUAUGCAUGUUCAUUUCCACCGAGCAUGUUGGGAAAGUCUCUGGCGAGAAGAGAAGUGUCCAACAAAACUACCAUUAGCUUAAGACUGAAGAGUUUGAGAGUCUUCUACUCUUCUUUAGAUUUUAGAGUUUUAAUGUAAAAAUAUGGGUGUAAAAAAUUGUUAGUCCUACUUAAUCCUUCCAUACAACAUAGGCUGAGUCUAAGACAUUCCCCACAGUUAUACAAGUCUUUAGAAGCAUUAGAGCUAAUGUCUAAGAGCAUUCAUAACAGUUAUCCUAUAGUUGCUUCUCUUCUCUAAAGUACUUUUAUUGUUCUUAUAAUUACAUCAUCAAAAAAAAAUUACUCUUAUAAUUACAUGAUGACAAACUUUAUUCUUCCUUACUCCAUAGGCUGAGUGCAGGGAUGGAGGGAGUGGGUACUCGUAUAGGCCAUAGGCCCAUAGCCCCCCCUCAAUUCCUAAGCAGAAGAAAGUUACAAGGUAUAAUUUUUUUUUUAGCCAACUGGUCCUUAGUAAUAAUUUUUUUUAGCUCCUAACCCCUACCUGUAAUAAUUUCUGACUCCGUCUCUACCCCCGAGUAGAAAUAGAAGUAAUAUAUACACCUAUAAUUUGCUCACAAUUACUCACUAAAAGCCCCAAAAGGACAGCUGUUGUGGAACUAGCCCAUGCUCCCAAGCCCACUUCUUAAAUUUCUGAUUUUGUCGGAAGCCCAACAGCUAUUUAAUUCCUUAUCUUUCGUUUGAAAUCUUAUGGACUGAUCACUGAUGUGAUAUAAUGGUAAAAGAAAAAACUUUAUUUAGUUCAUAAUUAUCAUAAACAAGAAAUAAGAAACAUUGUACAAACGGUCCUAUUUCCUACGUUGUCAUCAUGAUUGCUUUGUCUUACUAAAAUGUUCUAAUGUUGGCACGAUUGUGGAUGGGGUAGAUUCCUUUUAGAUUUCUGUGAGUCGGUGACACUACCUGCAAUAUUUGAUCUGUUUUUGUCUCAAAGAGAUGGUGCCACUGAUUUCAAACAAAAGUAGCCUUUCAGCCAAAAUACUUGCAGAGUCGGCACCCAAUUUUGCUGGCCUCUGAUGGAGAACCAAUGCCACGUUGGUCUCAUAUGGCAAUUGAGGGUUGAGAAGCAAGGACUUGUCUACUUAUUCUUCUGAGACAAGGAGAAAGGUCUAUUAUUACAAUAAGGAGUCUAUAUUCCAAGUCCUAGUUUAUGUUAUAGUCCUUUAUUAAUUAAUCUUUCUAGUUCUUUUACAUGGAUUUCUUUUCUUAUCUUAUCUUAUAAAUAGGGGAUAGUAGUUGUAGUUUAUUUUAAAUAAAGAAUUAUUAAGCAAAAGCUUAUUUGUGGUUUGCUUCCAACUCGAAUUGAAUUCAAUUGUGGUUUCUUCUACCCCAAAGGAGUUAUUGUGGUCUCUCCUACCCGAAAUGAGUCAUUAUUAUCAAUAAAUUUUUAUUAUUAGUUGUGGGUUC